AUGACGACCCAGCGUCCGCCGCUUUUCACGGCAUCCCGCUUGCAGACAGCAACCUACCUGCUUGGCGUCUGUCCUUUCUCGAUUGCUUUUCUGGUUUUCCUCAACUCGUCUGUGUCGUUUGUGGUGACGGAUCUAAUUGGGCUUGAGAAAGGCGAAGGCGAUGCGGUUGGGUCACUCGGGUUUGCGGACGAGCUGUUGGCAUUGAUUGCUUGUCCGGCUUGGGGAUUGCUGUCUGAUAAAAUCGGAGUUCGCUAUGUCUGCACUAUCGGUUACACGAUCAUUGCGUUAUCAUUGGUACUCUUCGUACAAGCCUCCAAUAUCUAUCCGCAGCUUCUUCUCAGUCGUUUAUCUUUCAGUCUUGGAGGCUCAGCUGUUGCGACCAUGGUGACGGCCACACUACCUACAAUAACGGGAGGCAAUCUAGCUCAAGGUCCUGGUCAUCAACGACGCUCAAACCACACCUGGAGACCAUCUCUUUCUUCAGAGAUUACAAUUACGCCUUCACGCUUUGAACGGAGUCGCUCUCGUGAGCAAAUACCCGAACCGACUUCUACUUCUUCGUCUUCCCGACUUGCCGGAUUUGUCGGGCUUUUCGCAGGCUGUGGUGCGUUGAUAUCGCUAGCUGUGUUUCUGCCUCUUCCAGCAUACUUUGAGAGAUCCGGGUCAUCACCAGCCCAUGCGAUCCAGAAAAGCUUCUAUAUUGUUGCAUCGGUAGCAUUACUAGUUGCUGUUGCUUGUUUCUUUGGAUUUCGAAACCUGCCUGGCGAAGAAGAGAAGCGUAUCCAGGCUCUAUGGCAGGGUACUCAACCAGACGAAGAAUACCCCGGUUAUCGGCCAAGCACAGUUACGGGCUAUGGCAAAGAUCUUUUACAUGCAUUCAAACUCGGCUUUCGGCAUCCCGAUAUCUGCUUGGGUUACGUCGGCGGACUCGUUGCUCGGGGGUCCUCGGUAGCAAUUUCGCUUUUUAUACCAUUAGUCGUCAACUACUAUUAUCGAAGGCUCGGGCUGUGCCAACGAACCGAUGCGGAUAAGCCACCUUCAGGGGACCUCGGCGAUAUUAAGACAUCAUGCCCAGAAGCUUACAUACUGGCUUCCAUUUUGACUGGCGUAUCGCAGUUGGUGGCUUUGCUUACCGCUCCAAUUUUCGGCUACUUGUCCGAAAGAUCGCGUCGGUAUAACAUACCAUUGCUCUUUGCUGCACUUUUGGGUGUGGUAGGAUAUAUCGCAUUCCCAUUGAUAUUCAGUCCACAACUCAAAGCACCACAUGUAAGCGGUGGUGUGUUUGUUAUGGCGUCUUUUAUCGGGAUCAGCCAAAUCGGAGCAAUCGUCUGCAGCUUGGGCAUUCUCAGCAAUGGUGUCUUAAACAUUAACUCCAAAGAUAAGCACCAGGAAGGUGCAAGUGGCACAUCACAAGAGUCGACAGGCUUAGACCAGGAGAGUGUCGAGAACAAUUCCCAUACAGAACAUGACGCACUAAUCACCAAACCAGGCGAGAGCAUCGCCACUCAAGAUUUGAAACAUUUGAAGGGGUGUAUUGCAGGCAUAUACUCGCUCUAUGGUGGAGCCGGUAUCCUCAUAUUGACAAAGCUGGGUGGCUUGCUCUUUGAUGUGUCUUCGACUGGGGCCCCCUUUUACAUCAUGGCUUUUUUCAACGGGAUCCUAUUUCUGGCAGGAAUUGGAUGUGUUGGAUGGCGAUAUGGGAAGUCGCCCUGA